AUGGUCACAAUUGGGGACACUCUGUCCCCAGAAGUGAAGAGCGAUUUGAAGCAAUUGUUAAAAAGAAAUGCAGACAUCUUCGCUUUCGAGCACUCCGAUAUGACGGGAGUCCCCCGCGAUAAAGCGGAACAUAAGCUCGCCACACUCCCAGGCGUUAAGCCAGUCGCUCAGGGUAAACGCAGCAUGGCCCCGGACCGCCGGGCGGCGGUCGUUAAGGAAGUACGCAAGUUAGUGGAAGCUGGAAUUCUCAGGGAAACGCAGUACCAUACUUGGGUGUCCAACCCGGUCAUGGUAAAGAAACCAGAUGGCACAUGGCGAAUGUGCAUCGAUUUCAAAGACCUAAACAAGGCGUGUCCAAAAGACGCGUACCCGUUGCCCGAGAUUGAUUUAAAGGUCGAUUCCCUGGUACCCUAUCGAUUCAAGUGUUUCCUAGACGCGUAUAAAGGGUACCACCAAAUCAAAAUGUCCAAAGAAGACGAAGAGAAAACGGCGUUCCACACUGACGUUGGCAUCUUCUGUUACACCAAAAUGCCUUUCGGGCUACGAAACGCAGGGGCUACCUACCAGAGGCUCAUGGACAAGGUGUUCGAAACACAGAUCGGGCGAAAUUUGGAAGUUUAUGUAGACGACCUCGUAAUCAAAAGCAGCGAAGAAAAACAAAUGUUGGCAGAUAUAGAGGAAACUUUCCAGCGACUCAGAGAGUACAACAUAAAGUUAAAUCCAAAGAAGUGUUCGUUUGGGGUGGAAGAGGGGAAGUUCCUGGGGGUAGUAGUCACCCGAGACGGUUUUAAAGCUAACCCGGAAAAAGUAUCCGCCAUAUCGCGAAUGCCUUCUCCCCGAACGCUGAAGGAAGCCCAAGCUAUAAAUGGACGACUGGUAGCAAUUAACAGGUUCUUAGCAAGGCAUGCUGAAAAGUCAUUGCCAUUCAUAAAAACGCUAAAAGAUUGCCUCGACAAGAAGAAUUUCAAAUGGACCAGCGGAGCGGAACAGGCUCUGCAGGAAAUGAAGCGUUUUAUAGAAAGGUUACCCACGUUGACCGCGCCUAGACCCGGAGAAAUGCUAAAAAUGUAUUUAGCGGCAGCUCACACGGCGGUGAGCGCCGUGCUUAUGGUUGAACGAGAAGGGAAACAAACACCAAUAUACUACAUAAGCCGGGUGUUAGCGGGGCCUGAAACGCGCUAUCCUACACUGGAAAAGCUAGUUUUAGCAUUAGUGCACGCCACGAGGCGAUUAAGAAGGUACUUUCAGGCACACCGUGUACAAAUCUUAACCAACUAUCCGCUACAGCAGGUCUUGCACAAACCAGAGGUCUCGGGCAGGUUGGCUAAAUGGGCCAUCGAGCUAGGGGCCCUAGAUAUCGAAUAUCAGAAGCGAACGGCAGUUAAGGGGCAAGUGAUUGCUGAUUUCUUAGCCGAAAUACCAGAAGGGGAGGUCGUUACGGACCCGGUCAUCCAGGAUAUACCAGAGUCCAGCACUGCGAGGCAGACUUGGAAGUUAUACACGGAUGGAUCAUCUAGUGGAAAGGGGUCCGGUGCAGGCCUAAUGCUGAUAAGUCCAGAUCAAGUCAGGCUAAUGUACGCCUUACGUUUUGACUUCGAGUGCUCUAAUAACGAAGCGGAAUACGAGGCAUUAUUGGCAGGGUUACGGAUGGCAAAAUCCAUGGGGGCAGCCAGGGUAGACGCGUACGUCGACUCGCUGCUGGUCAACAAUCAGGUCAACGAAACGUACGAAGCCAAAGACGAGGCGAUGGCAAAAUACCUGGCAAAAACUAAAGAACUCAUGGAUUCCUUCGACAAGGUCACACUCAACCAUGUGCACAGAGGGAAAAAUCAAAUAGCAGACGCCCUAAGCAAACUCGCUACCUCAGGCAUGGAAAAGGAAGUCAAAGUCGAAACGUUGCAGACACCUUCAAUAGAACCGCGGAGUGUUUCCGCUGUCACAACGGAAGAACCUUGCUGGUAUACUCCGAUUCUACGCUUUCUCGUAACAGGUGAAUUACCUCCCGCCAAGGGCGAGGCGCAAAAGAUACAAACGAAAGCGCUGCAAUAUGAAGUCAACGAUGAGGCAAAGUACCUCAUCGGAGAGAUUCACGCGGGUAUAUGCGGCAUACACGCCGGACCUAGAGCAGUGGUGGCCAAAAUCCAUAACGCAGGAUAUUACUGGCCCGGGAUGCAUGAAGACGCUGUAACGGAACUGCGAAAAUGCCGCAGUUGCCAAAAGUUUGCUCCUCAGACGAUACGGCCCAAAAACAGCCUGAUACCGGUAACAGCAGCGUGGCCUUUUCAGAAAUGGGCUGUGGAUAUCGUAGGACCUUUCCCGCCGGCCCCCGGAAAAUUGAAGUACAUAAUUGUGGCGGUCGAUUACUUCACCAAAUGGGUGGAAGCAAAACCUUUGGCCAAGAUAACGGCGGAAAACGCCAAAAAAUUCCUCUGGGAGCACAUCGUGUGCAGGUUCGGGUUACCGCUCUACCUGGUAAGCGACAAUGGGACACAGUUCACAGAUAGAAUUUUCCAGGGAUGGUGCACUGACCUCCACAUCCAGCAGAUUUUCACGUCGGUUGCACACCCACAGGGUAACGGACAGGUGGAGCGGGCGAAUAGGAGUUUGCUAGAAGGAAUCAAAAAGCGACUGGGGCACGAGGGAAGCUCGUGGGUGGAAGAAUUGCCACAUGUACUUUGGGCGCAUAGAACAAUGCCCAAAACUAGCAACAACGAAACCCCAUUCAGCCUCACCUACGGAAUGGAGGCAAUGAUACCCGCUGAAGCGGGGUUACCAUCAUUACGCCGUCUAAGCAUAGGGAAUAUCAACGACCAAUCGCUGAGAGAAGGUUUAGAUCUGUUGGAAGAAAGGCGUGAGGCGGCCGCCAUCAGCGAAGCACGAUACAAGAAAACGUUGGAAAAAUAUUACAACAAACGGGUGGCUAAACUAAGUUUCAAGGCGGGCGAUUACGUCAUGCGUGACAACGAAGCAAGUCGGAUGGAACCUUCGGGAAAGCUGGGUCCCAACUGGGAAGACCCUUACGUCAUUCAAGAAGACCUGGGUAAAGGGGCCUAUCGCCUAUCCCGACUAGAUGGCACGCCAGUCCCGCGCAGUUGGAACAUCGCCCAGUUGAAGAAAUGCUACCUGUAA